AUGGGUAACAAUGAUGAUUGUUUUCCAAUUUGCUACAAUGAAACCGUGAAUUAUCCCAAUUCUAUAUGGAAAUCACAGGACCUGUUGAAGAACUAUUUACCUAUAUUUAUCUAUGAAACCAUUACCGUUGUUUUUAGCUCGCGUUUGGUAUACUACCUCCUCAGACCCUUAAGUCAGCCUCAUCUCGUUUCUGAUCUUCUUAUUCUACUUGCUGUUUCAACCAUAGCACAAGUGGGUCUCAUCUUCUAUGUCUUCAUGGCUGGGCUUGAGAUGAACUUAGAUUUUGUUUUAAGAGCACCUAAAAAGCCCACAAUCAUUGCAAUUUGCAGCACUCUGAUUCCAAUGAUAUUGGGAACUGGAAUUUAUUCUUUGGUAAUAAUAGUGGACAAGAAAUUCUUAAAAAAUUAUGUUGAAACAUACGAGUAUAAUAGACCCCAAUGCUAUUUUAUAUGGUCUAUGGUUCUUAGUAUCACAGGGUUCCCUGUUCUUGCAAACAUUCUUGUGGACCUUAAACUUCUCUACACUAGGCUUGGAAAAUUGGCAUUAACAGUAGCAACACACAAUGACUUCUAUAACUGGAUUAUGUUUGCAUUGGUGUUUCCAUUUCUUGUUAAUGGUUAUAGAGCAAUUUUCUCAAUGCUAUGUGUCAUAGCUUUUAUUCUCUUAAGCCACUUUGUGUUACGCCCUUUGCUAGAGAAGAUAGUGGCCAAGAAACCAAACAAGCAUGACUGGACUAAUUACCAGUUGUCAUUUGUGAUCAUGGGGCUUUUCGCUUCCACGGGGCUUACCGACAUCCUCGGCGUGAAUCCCCUCGUCGGGGCGUUGAUUUACGGCCUCGCCAUUCCACGAGGAAGCUUCACAGAGAUGUUGAUGGAGAGAUCGGAUGAUUUUGGAUCUAGAUACUUAGCACCCUUGUUCUUUUUCAGUGGUGGCUUGAGUUACUCGCUACUAUGGUAUGCCUUUCAGAGAGAGUUUGGCUUUUGGGUUGCUUAUGAACACCAAAGGCGUCUUGUCACUCAUAGUGCUCAACAUUGCAUGGGAUAA